AAUACAUUUUACAUAACAAUGCGAAUUCUUCUUUACAUAUUUUUGUUUACGGUAUUUUUCCAUGAAACUUUGGCUCAACAACAUAUAGCAUGUGUCUUCUGUAAUAAAUUAUUCAAUAUGCCACAAACCUGGGAGAAGGCUCAAAACGCCCUCAACCUUGCCGGAUGCUCAAACCUUGGAGGAGCAAAAAAAGCUUGCAAUGGAAUUGUUAAUAAUGCAAAUUUAACAGAAUCAUUUCCUAAUAUGUUACCUCAUAAUGUUCAGUUAAAGGAUUUGGCUUGUAAAAAGUAUUGUAAAGAGCAAUAAGAUGUUUCACAAAUUAAUAAAGUCCGGUUUCUC